AUGAUGUCUGCCACCGCCGUCUUGUCCCUCAUGCAGCCUCCACCCGUCGAGUCCGGGCCGGGUCAGCAGGGUUACCCGCCCGAGGGCCUGGGCUUCCCCCCCUCCUCCGACCCCGGCCACAUGCAGCAGCUGGUGGACCUGCUGGGGUCCAAGGUCCCCCCCAAGUCGACCGCGGUGGUGGAGUGCCCCAAGACCAUGGUGGGGCGCGUGAUUGGCAAGGGCGGGGAGACCAUCAAGGCGCUGCAGCAGUAUACGGGCGCCAUGAUCCAGAUCGACCAGUCCUCAGACCCCACGCGCGUGACCAUCGCGGGCCUGCCCCAGGCGCUGCAGCUGGCGGUGUCCAUGGUCAACGACAUCGUGCGUGGCACCUUCAAGGGCUUCGCCAUGCUGCGCCAGAUCGCGCUGGCCAACGCCUCCUCGCCCGGCAUGGCCACCUACGGUCAGCAGCACGCGCCCGUGUACGUGCAGGGCUAUGGCUUCGUGCCCCCCUCCCAGGCCUACGGCGGUGGGGAGGACCCCCUGGCCGGCAUGUUCAGGACCUCGCCCGCGGGGCCCAUCACGCCGCCCAUCUCGCCCAUGCGCGGCGCGGGGGAGGGCAGCUUCUCCCCCAACCUGGCCGCCAUGCUGCUGGGCGGCGGCCAGGUCGGCGGGCAGCCCGGCUACCCGGGCAUGGGGCCGGGCGCAAUGAGCCAGGGCAACAUGUCCCCCCAGCACCAGCACCACCACCAGGACAACGUCUUGUCCCUCAUGCAGCCUCCACCCGUCGAGUCCGGGCCGGGUCAGCAGGGUUACCCGCCCGAGGGCCUGGGCUUCCCCCCCUCCUCCGACCCCGGCCACAUGCAGCAGCUGGUGGACCUGCUGGGGUCCAAGGUCCCCCCCAAGUCGACCGCGGUGGUGGAGUGCCCCAAGACCAUGGUGGGGCGCGUGAUUGGCAAGGGCGGGGAGACCAUCAAGGCGCUGCAGCAGUAUACGGGCGCCAUGAUCCAGAUCGACCAGUCCUCAGACCCCACGCGCGUGACCAUCGCGGGCCUGCCCCAGGCGCUGCAGCUGGCGGUGUCCAUGGUCAACGACAUCGUGCGUGGCACCUUCAAGGGCUUCGCCAUGCUGCGCCAGAUCGCGCUGGCCAACGCCUCCUCGCCCGGCAUGGCCACCUACGGUCAGCAGCACGCGCCCGUGUACGUGCAGGGCUAUGGCUUCGUGCCCCCCUCCCAGGCCUACGGCGGUGGGGAGGACCCCCUGGCCGGCAUGUUCAGGACCUCGCCCGCGGGGCCCAUCACGCCGCCCAUCUCGCCCAUGCGCGGCGCGGGGGAGGGCAGCUUCUCCCCCAACCUGGCCGCCAUGCUGCUGGGCGGCGGCCAGGUCGGCGGGCAGCCCGGCUACCCGGGCAUGGGGCCGGGCGCAAUGAGCCAGGGCAACAUGUCCCCCCAGCACCAGCACCACCACCAGGACAACGCCAGCACGGAUGCGAUGCUGUCCCAGCUGCUGACGCAGCUCAGCUUCAACCAGCAGGCGGCGGAGGCGGCGGCCAGCAUGCAGCAGCACUCGCCGCACGCAUACCUGUCCCAGCACGGCACGCCCCCCGGCACGCCCGGCAGCGGCGGUGGCGGCGGCGUGCUGGACGCCGCCGGCCUGCAGACGCUGCUGGCGCAGGCGGCACUGCUGGGGCGCACCAACAUGGCAGGCGGGGGCGGGCCGGGCCGCGACGGGUCGGCGGGCGGGCUGUCGGCCCUGCUGGCGGGGCUGGGCCACGGCCUCGGUCCCGCGCAGGCCGCGCCGGGGCCUGGGACGGGGUCCCCCGCGUCCUCCUCGCCGCUCACGGGGCGCGCAUCCCCCACCGAGGCGUCGCUGGCGCGCGCCCGCGGGCGCUCCUUCACCGCGACGCACGGCGGCGGGGAGGACCAGGCGCCGGUGGCCCCCUCCCCCCUGGGCGACGUGACGCGGGGCGGGGCGUCGGGCUCCACCUCGGUGCGUGCGUGGGUGGUGUUUCUGUUGCAUGGCGGCGACGUCCAGCCGGAACUCGUGAAGACCAGCAGCAGCUGGAACGACUGA